UCGCAGUCUUCUUCAUUUUCCCAAAUUUUCUAACAUUGGUUAUGCUUUUCCAUAAUUUGUACACAACAAACAAAGAUUCAGACAAGAAACGGAAGGGAAGGGAGAAGGAAAGAAAAACACGAACGCAUAGAGAUGGAGAGGGCUUAAAUUUUGUCAAAAGCCCUCUCAAUCUCUUACAAAAAUAUCCCAAAAAAUUGUGAAUCCAUAUGAUUAUUAUUGUUUUCUCUAUUUUGUAAUAUUGGUUUAAUUUAUAAUUAUCAUAUGGUUCACAAAAUCUUAAUUUUUGAUGCGCCGAUCUAAUGCCCGCAAAGUUAGACCUAGAUUGGAAAACCAAAUGGAUCAUAUCAAGCUCCAAUAUCGCUCGGCCAGACCUGUUUUUCGCAAUCCCAACAGCAAAAACGCCAAACACAGAUCAAGAAUUUUGCUCUACACUUCAAUUUUAUUAGCCCUCGUAUUAUUUUGCUACAUUUUAAUUUUUUGGAACAGAGAUGAGCAAAGGAAAAGAUAUGGGGUGGUGAUCGAUGGGGGGAGCACAGGGACAAGGAUUCAUGUGUUUAAGUAUGAAGUUAGGAAUGGGAAUUCGGUGCUUGAUUUUACAGAGAAAGGAUUGAAGACGAUGAAGGUCAGUCCGGGGCUGUCGGCUCACAUCGAAGAACCCGAGAGGGCUGGGGCAGCAGUGGCAGAACUGGUGGAGUUUGCAAGGAGGAAUGUGCCUAAGGAAUACUGGGGGAAGACCGAGAUUCGCCUGAUGGCGACUGCUGGGAUGCGGUUGUUGAAGGAAGGGGAUCAAGAGAGAAUUUUAGCUGUGUGCCGGAAGGUUUUAAGGGGUUCAGGAUUUAGGUUCCUCGACAACUGGGCGACUGUCAUUUCAGGCUCUGAUGAAGGUUUAUAUGCCUGGGUUGUUGCUAAUUAUGCUCUUGGAACUCUUGGAGGUGAUCCAGCUCAUACAACUGGGAUUAUUGAACUUGGUGGUGCUUCAGCUCAGGUUAUCUUUGUAUCAGAUGAGCCUAUGCCCCCUGAGUACUCUCGAAAAGUUAAAUUUGGAAAUUUCACUUACAAUCUCUACAGUCACAGCUUGCUUCAGUAUGGCCAGAAUGUUGCACUUGAGUUACUGAGAGAAUUGCUUGUAUCUGGAAGCCAAGAAGAAGCUACUGAAUCUGAGGGGCGGAAAUUAGUAGAUCCUUGUACUUCUAGAGGAUAUACACGUGAUCAAGAGACCCAGAAAAUCUCCCCUGUUUCUUUGAUUGAAAAAAAUAGAUAUCCAUCCACUUUCCAUCCAUAUGGUAAUUUCUCUGAAUGCAGAUCUGCCUCACUAAAGUUGUUGCGGAAAGGAAAAGAUAGGUGCUCAUAUCAAAGAUGCUACAUAGGAUCGACAUUUAUACCCAAGCUCCAAGGAAAGUUCUUGGCUACUGAAAAUUUCUUUUACACUUCAAAGUUCUUCGAGUUGACUCCUAGAGGCUUUCUUUCUAAGCUGAUGGUUGCUGGGCAACAAUUUUGUGAAGGCGAUUGGACAGAAUUGAAGAGGAAAUACCACUCUCUUGACGAGGAGGAAUUGCUUCGAUAUUGCUUCUCUUCAGCAUAUAUUGUUGCCCUACUGCAUGAUAGUCUUGGAAUUGCCUUAGAUGACGACAGCAGGAUUGGAUAUGCUAAUCAAGUGCAGAAUAUCCCACUUGACUGGGCAUUGGGAGCUUUCAUCUUGCAUAGUGCAAUUGAUUCGGAUGUACAGCAUUCUAACUGGAUUAUGAUUGUAAUAAGUGGCGACUCUUCAACAUUACUCCUUUUGUUAGGUUUUUCUCUCGUGUCGAUUGCGGCGUGGAUUGUGUUCAAGUGGAGAAAACCGAAGCAAAAAACUAUUUAUGACCUAGAGAAAGGAAAGUAUAUAGUUAAGCGGGGCAGUAGGUACUCGUAGAUAUGCCGAACACUAUAGAGCUGUUUGGCUGUAAGUUACUUAUUUUGCCAAACUUAAAUUUUAAAGUUCCCUUGUUCAUUUUUUUUGGGCAAAACUUACUUUUCUGCACAUAUUUGUGGACAGGAGUGCAUUGGUGAAGUAGCUUCACUUCCUCUGUUUUGGUACACUGAGUACCCUCGCGGCGAAGCCUGAUUAUGGGGCUUUGACGCAGGGGUGAAUAGAUCAUUGGCCCUCGUAAUGUACAAGCUCAUUUGUAUUUUACUGAAAUUAGAAGCAUGUUGAUCCUACAAUUCUUUUGUCCAUGGACAGGUUCAGGAUUGUGUAUGCAAGAAGAUACAGUAGAGUUAAAACUAGCGUUAGGGGCAUUAUGUCAUUUUUAUUUGUUCACUUGUUUUAUAAAUCAUUUUUCACAGGCUGAAAUUGAAGUUGAAUGUAUAGUUUUUUGGUAUGUAUUUUAUGUCAACCUAAUUAGUUUUCAUCUCUAUGUUGGUUAAGGUGGAUUGAAGAUUAAACAAGAUAAGUGUGUUGAACUUUUAUUUUUUAUGUCGUCCAAAUUCGAUCCGCCA